AUGUCUGGAUUACCUGCUGCCUUCCGUCGUCUGCAGCUGGGCGGCGGUAAAGACGACGAACUGCCACGAAAGUAUAUGACCCGAGUCGACGUGGAAGACCACAUAGUUCCUCUGUGGGAGCAUGUAUCGCAGGAGGAGGCUGAGUCGGUGGAUCGGGCUUCGGCCGAUGUCGCGCUGGAGUACCGCUACAGCCUAGAGAGCUUCAUCCAACGUUCUUCCAUUACGAGUGAAGUCACGGUGUCAUCUUAUGCCGACGACUUCAGUCGUUUAUCCGAGUCGGAAGUGGAGGAAAACGAUAUACGCGGCGUUUAUUUGGGCGAUUUACCCAACAUCCGUGUCAAACCCGGCGUGCUUGACCCGGAGGCGCAUCCUGUAUGCGUCGAGGGGGUAACCAUCCACGGAGGCACUGUGGAAUGCGUGGAUAUGUCCCCAUAUCGCGAACAGUUCGCGGUUCUAGACUACGAGUGGUUUCUAGGUCUGGACUACAAUUGCGCAGAUCGGUAUGACCCCGAUUGCGUCGGCAGAGGUCCCACGUUUAUGCUGCCAUUCGAUGCCGUGGGGAAAUAUGUAUUCUGCCGAGCCCAUCGCCGGGUGGAGCACCAGGCCGUCGACGAGUUCAGCAAGCCCAAAGUGGGCGUGUACGACCCGCACGUAUCCGCUGCCACCAAGGCCGGCUACGUCCCACACCCUCAGUUCUACAUCCUCGAAAGCCUCGCUCAGGGCUCCUAUCGCACGGAAGCGCAGCUGCAUUUCGACGACGACCUCUCACGCGGCGUUGUGUCGUCACCGGGUGAGAAUGGUGGCCGUAUCGAAUUGACGGUGGACUUCAACGGCGUCACGUUGAAGGAUCGAGAUUCACAACAGACAGAGUCGUGCUCUGUAACAAACAUGCGGAAGGUGUACAAUUCUCGUGUGUUUGGAGGUGAUGGAGGCGUUGCGUCGUUGGAAUUUGCGGACUUUGAGGUGGAAGAGGCUGGCAAAUCGACAAACGGAUUGCUUCUUAGCAUACACAAGUGCAGCCCGUUGGUGUGUUACGUAUUUUUGAAGUUCACCGACGACUGGAAAUGUCUGUUUACUCUUUUCAUCCUCUCAAGCUUUCGCUGCCAGAAGGCUCUAGGCUGUGACACCGAGUACUGGAACUCCAAACUCGUUGACGCGGACGUGUUUAGCGUUCGCGAGCUGUUCCGAGAAUCCGUAUUUCUCUGA